AUGUGCUUGCUUCUUUUCUAUUCUUCUUUGCUACUCGUUGUUGCAGCAGUAUUCUCCAUAGCUGAUGAAGCACAAGUACAUUUCAGUCCAUUAGAGACGGUGAUACUACGGUACGUGGGGAUAUGGUACAAGAAGAUAUCUGUUACAACCAUUGUAUGGGUUGCCAACAGAGACACACCCAUCCCUGAUUUGUCUGGCGUUAUGAGGUUCACCAACCCCGGAAUACUUGUCUUUAAUCACAAUAAGUGCACAGUUUGGUCCUCCAACACAUCAAGAACUGCACAGAAUCCAGUGGCACGUCUUUUGAAUUUGGGUAAUCUUGUCGUGAUAGAUAGGAGUGAUGAUGCCCCUGAGAACUUUCUAUGGCAAAGUUUUGAUUACCCUGGUGAUACAUACUUACCAGGAUAUGCAGAAAAAUUUGUGAGGGAGGGUUCGGUCAUAAAAUUUUGGUCUGGACCAUGGAAAGGAGUCCGGUUCAAUGGAAAGCCUCAGUUAAAUCCAAACCCUAUAUACACAUACAGUCUGGUUUCUAAGCCUGAUGAAAUGUACUACAGUUACAAGCUUCGCAACAGCUCAAUCCUUUCGAGGGUUGUGUUAAAUUCAGAUGGACUUGUGUGGCAUUAUACAUGGAUUGAUAGAACCAAAGGUUGGUUUCUUUACCUAACAGCCCAAAUUGAUAAUUGUGACAACUAUGAAUUCUGUGGUGUAUAUGGUGCAUGUAACAUUGAAAAGUCCCCGGUAUAUAGCUGUUUGAAGGGAUGUAUACCAAAGUUUCCGAAAGAAUGGGAUUUGGUGGAUUGGUCUCAUGGAUGUGUGAGAAAGACUUCUCUAAAUUGCACUGGAGAUGUGUUCCAAAAGUACUCGGGGGUGAAAUUUCCUAGCAUAGAACAAUCCUGGCUUAACAGAAGUAUGAACCCCAAGGAAUGUGAGAUGGUGUGCAUGAAGAACUGCUCCUGCACGGCUUAUACAAAUUUGGAUAUCUAG